AUGCGGGGGACGGCCAGCGCGCGGGCCUGCGGCCUGGGAUCCCCACCGCAGCGAGGCGUCCACCGCACAAAGCCCGGAGCGGGCCGCGGCCGGAGCGCGGAGACCCCGGUUGCUUUCCCUUGCCCUGCCCGGGGAAGGCCGCGCGCAAGGAGUGGCCUCACAUCCAGGGGCCAGCGGGGAGUGGUGACCACGGGGCCUGAGAACAGAGCUCUGCCUUCCAGGGACACGGCCUUUGUCCAGGUGAGGAGACACAAGCAGGCGGCGGCAGGGACAGGAAUUGAACGGCAAGCCACCUCCCAGAGCUUGGUGACAUUUGGGGAUGUGGCUGUAGAGUUCUCCCCAGAGGAGUGGGAGUGGCUAGACUCUGCUCAGAGGAGUCUGUACAGGAGUGUGAUGCUGGAAAACUACAGGAGCCUGGUCUCGCUGGGACUUUGUGUUUCUAAGCCCAAAAUGAUCUCCUCACUGGAACAGAGGAAGGAGCCCUGGGUGGCGAAGAGAACGUUGACAAGAGGCGGGUGUCCAGACUCACGGGCUCUUCCAAAGACCAAGGAGUUAUCUUCAAAGAAGAGCUUCUGUGAAGAAAAGUCAUCCCAGGCGGUGCUAAUGGAGAGGCCCACAACCUACAGUCUGGAGUGCUCCGUUCUAGGGGAAGACUGGGGUUACAGUGCUGUGUUGGAGAGGCAUCUGGGCUUGGUCACCAUCACGAACAUGGCUGUAGACGUCUCGCAGCAGCCAGACCCAACUCGGAAGAGCUUCUGUAAGAAUGUUGUGUGGGAGGACCACAAUCUGGGGGCAGUAGGACGUUGUGUGUCUGAGCCAGACUUGGUCUCUUUGCUGGACCUUGGGAAGGAACCCUGGGUGGUGAAAGGAGAGCUGGCAAGAGGCCCAUCCCCAGGCCAGAAGUCUAUACAUGAGACCCAGGAGUUAUUUCCGAAGCAGGAUUCAUUUGCUGAAGUGGUAAUGGACAGAACUUCAAACACUAACCUAGAGAGUUCCACUUUCAGAGGAAGCUGGGAUUCUGAGGAAAGGAAGCUGGCAGGUCAGAAGACACAAUUCAGGCAGGAGGCAGUCACUCACAACAAAACCCUCUCUAAGGAAAGAGAGUGUCCAUAUAACAAAUCUGGAAGAUGGUUCCACUUGGACAUUUCAGAAGAGAGAGUUCACCGCUGUGAUUCAGUUAAGAAAACUUUCCCCCCAAGUUCAGUGGUAAUAAAACAUGCAGGAAUCUAUGCAGGAAAAAAACUUUUCAAAUGUAAUGAAUGUAAGAAAACCUUUACCCAGAGCUCAUCCCUCACCGUGCAUCAGAGAAUUCAUACUGGAGAGAAGCCCUAUAAAUGUAAGGAAUGUGGAAAGGCCUUCAGUGAUGGCUCAUCCUUUGCCCGACAUCAGAGAUGUCACACUGGCAAGAAGCCCUACGAAUGUAUGGAAUGUGGGAAAGCCUUCAUACAGAACACAUCCCUUAUCCGUCACUGGAGGUAUUAUCACACCGGGGAGAAACCCUUUGACUGCAUCGACUGUGGGAAAGCCUUCAGUGAUCACAUCGGACUCAAUCAGCACAGGAGAAUUCAUACUGGAGAGAAGCCCUACAAAUGUGAUGUGUGUGACAAAGCCUUUAGGUACGGCUCAUCCCUGACUGUCCAUCAGAGAAUUCACACAGGAGAAAAACCGUACGAAUGUGAGGUGUGUAGAAAAGCCUUUAGCCAUCAUGCUUCACUCACUCAGCACCAAAGGGUGCAUUCUGGAGAGAAGCCUUUUAAGUGUAAAGAAUGUGGGAAAGCCUUUAGGCAGAAUAUACACCUUGCUAGCCAUCUGAGGAUUCAUACUGGCGAGAAGCCCUUCGAAUGUGGGGAAUGUGGUAAGUCCUUUAGCAUCAGUUCCCAGCUGGCCACCCAUCAGAGAAUUCAUACUGGAGAGAAGCCCUAUGCUUGUAAGGUCUGCAGCAAAGCUUUCACCCAGAAGGCUCACCUGGCGCAGCAUCAGAAAACUCACACAGGAGAGAAACCCUACGAGUGUAAGGAGUGCGGGAAGGCCUUCAGCCAGACCACACACCUUAUUCAACACCAGCGAGUUCACACGGGAGAGAAACCCUAUAAGUGCAUGGAAUGUGGGAAGGCCUUUGGUGACAACUCCUCCUGCACUCAGCACCAGAGGCUUCACACUGGCCAAAGGCCCUACGAAUGUAUUGAAUGUGGGAAGGCCUUCAAGACAAAGUCGUCCCUCAUCUGUCAUCGCAGAAGUCACACUGGGGAGAAACCUUACGAAUGUAGCGCGUGCGGCAAAGCCUUCAGCCAUCGGCAGUCCCUUAGUGUCCAUCAGAGGAUUCACUCUGGAAAGAAACCGUAUGAAUGCAAGGAAUGCAGGAAAACCUUCAUCCAAAUCGGACACCUCAAUCAGCACAAAAGAGUGCACACGGGAGAGAGACCCCACAACCAUAAGAGAAGCAGAAAGGUCUUCAGGCAGAGCACACACUUUGCACAUCAGAGAAUCCACACUGGAGAGUCACCUGCACGCCCCUCUUUACCUGCUACAUCAAAUCCUGUGGAUCUGUUACCCAAGUUUCUCUGGAAUCCACCCUCACUCCCAUCACUAUAG